AAUAAAUUCAUAGCGGCCUAUGUUCUGUAUCCUCCGAUGAAGAUGUGCGUGAACCCAGACUGCAUUGCUGUACAAUGUGCAAGACCACUGAAAAAGGACGAGCCCCGUCGUGUUGUCAUCUUCACUCAUGCAUUCGGUGUUCACUGUGCAUGGUCUGUCCAUUUAAAAUGCAGAUCCUGCAAGGUAAAUUACCACAACAAUUACGCCAUUCACGGGACAUCAAGGCAGUAUUAUUCCAGUGUACCAAAAUACAUCCAAAUUGGGGAGCAUCAGUUCGUCGAAUGUGAGCUUGCAAUGCACUGGAUCGACCUGAUGCAAAUCCUUGUCUCUGCUACCAACUGUGCUCGUCUGUACAACGAGGCACAAGCUCGACACGAAAAUGUCACCCACGAAUGGCAGUUUAGCAUGACUGUCACAACUGAGGAAGUAUGGGAUGCAUUCACUGUCUUAGCACUCCUCGAUGACCACCAGCUUCAGAAUACAAGACUUUGUGUGCCCCAUGGCAAUUCUCAGAGUGCUCGCUACACUGCUGCUAUGCGUGCCCGAAAUGAGAGGAUUAUUACUGAAGGCCAAGAUGAGCUCCCACAUGCAUGCUAUGGAUGCAUGCACCUCUUUUCCAUGCCUGAUGGCACCACACGCUAUGCCGAGGUCAUUGUCACUGAUGGUAUCACCGUUGGACGGCCAUGUUGUGCCAUGCCACACUGCAAAAAUGCCCUUGCCAGCACUCGCAAUCACUUUUGUUCGGCUGACCUCAGUCAUGGCCAGCUCAAAAUGAUAUGUGCUGUCAAUGGGUGUGACCAACCUGUUAGCUGUCGUGGUCAAAGUGAUAAGCUGCGCAAAACCUGCAGUGACCCGCUUCACAUGAAGAUGGAGGAUGCGAAAGCAGUGCUCUCACGGAGCGGAAAGAGCAAGACCCAGAGGAUGAAGACUGCUAAUCCAGCACGUUCAUGA